ACACAUAGCUAUAACCCAUCGAUCGAUUACUAGGAAGUUCAGUUAGUGAACAGCAGAGACCGAUCGAGCAGGUCUUUCAAACAAGAUCGUACGUAGUAUUUGGAUGGCGUCGAUGUCGGUGAACUCGUCAAGGCCGCAGUGGACGGCGAUGCAGAACAAACAGUUCGAGCAGGCCCUGGCGGUGUACGACAAGGAGACGCCGGACCGGUGGCACAACAUCGCGCGCGCCGUGGGUGGCAAGUCCGCCGACGAGGUCAGGCGCUACUACGAGCUGCUCGUGGAGGACGUCAAGCGCAUCGAGGCCGGCAGGGUGCCCUUCCCGGCAUACAGAUGCCCGGGCGGCGCCAUGGGCGGGUACGAGGCAGACAGGCUGAAGCACCUGAAGAUCUAG